GAAUUCCAUAUUUUGCAAAAUGAUAGUUAUGAAGAUUGGUGUUCUGAUCAUCCAGAAAGUGAUGUUAAAAGCAAAGUUUUAUUGUUAAAUAAAGGAAAUUGUAGUGUUGUAACCCAAGCCCAAAAUGUUCAUGACAGAGGGGGACAAGGAAUUCUUUUUAUUACUGAAAGUGGUAGAGUGAAAGAGGUGCAUAUAAAUUCAACUGCAGCAAAAGAUAUCAAUAUGACUGUUGGCUUGAUUUCUGAAAACUCUGUUGAAAGAUUAAAAAAUAUGUAUGGCAAUAGUAGUAUUAGUGUCCGUCUCUUUGCACCUUAUAAUAUGAAUUUUGAUUGCAGCUUACUAGUAAUUUGGGUAAUUGGAAUAUUUACUGUUGCUGUUGGCUCAUAUUGGUCUGGACUCAUACGCUUUGCAAUCUAUUGCAAAGAAAUAAACGCAUUGCCUGGGGCUAAAAGAGAGCUUCCUAACAAGCCAUCAGUUACAGUAAAUACAGCUGAAGAAAGCUCUAUGAAUAUCAGUCCAUAUGCUGUUGCUGGUUUUGUUGCUUGCAUGGGAGUAAUGCUAAUGCUUUUAUACUUUUUCUUUAAAUAUCUCAUUUACUUCAUAAUUGGUUUGUUUGUGUUAGCAAGCAUCCUAGCUAUACAUAGUUGCUUAGAGCCAUUUGUCUUAAAAAUUAAACUUGGUUUCUGCAAAACUGUAUUUCGUUGUGGUGCUCGAUCAUGCAACAUAGAUUUCCGCCAAGUAUUUCUUGCUUGUUUUGCAAUUGCAAUUCCUAUAUAUUGGGUUUGCAUUCGUAAUCAGAGAUAUGCUUGGAUAUUACAAGACACACUUGGCGUUGCAUUCUGUAUUCAUAUGUUAAAAUCUAUCAGAUUGCCGAGCUUUAAGAUUUGCACAGUACUUCUGGUUCUGCUAUUCUUUUAUGAUAUAUUUUUUGUAUUUGUUACACCAUACUUAACAAAAGGUGAAAGUGUAAUGGAAGAAGUUGCAACUGGUGGCCAAUCUAAAGAAAUGGUUCCAAUGGUGCUUAGAGUUCCACACUUCGGUAUUGAUCCAUUGGCUAUUUGCUAUCAGCAGUUUUCCCUUCUUGGAUUUGGAGACUUGUUAGUUCCUGGCCUUUUAGUAUCAUACUGUCAUGGAUUUGAUCUUGUCACCAACAAGAAAAAGAUCUAUUUUCUUGUAACUGUAAUUUCCUUUGCCAUUGGUCUGCUGAUAACUUUUGUUGGACUGUUUCUUAUGAAUACUGCUCAACCUGCUCUAUUAUACUUAGUUCCUUGUACUCUUAUACCUCCAGCAAUUAUUGGAUGGUGUCGGGGAGAAUUUUCUUUGCUGUGGAAUGGUUUUAGGGAAAGACAUGAAAUUGUCACUUGGUCAAGUUUGACACAAGGCUUCACCCAACAAGCCCUAAAGGAAUUUUUGGAUAUUUUUACAUGGAAACCUGCCAGAAGAUGUUGUUGUGAGCAUAUUCAACCAACAAAUGUCUCAGCUGAUCCCGAAGUACUGACUGAAAAAGAUGUUCCUUCAGAUGAACCAAAUAAUCCUGCUAGCUUGCCCACAACCAGUAAAAGUGUUAAUCAAGCAGAUGGCACUAAUGAAAGGAAUAAUGAGAAAAAAUGUUUAUUGCGAUAACAGAAAGUAUCAAUAGUAAAUGCUGUUUAAUUUUUGUUUACAAAUUUAAUUUAAAUGGCAUGACAAAAAGUGUUUCAAAAUUAUAGCCAAUUAUACAUCUAUCUUAUUUAUGUGUGAUAUAUGAUGUUUUUUAAAAUUUUAUAAUUAUGUUGUUUACAUUGUUUCAUGAUCAAUGAGACAUAUACUUAUAUUACCAUAUAAUUAAAACAUUGGUGUCCUUUUCA